CCGCAUGGUAGAACACGACACAGGAAUAGAACCUUUGAACGAGAGGCAAGACACUCGCACAGCAAGAUGAAGGUACUGAGGAAGCCAGAGAAACUUUGUGUGGGAGUCGACCCUGUAGCUGAGCUGAACUGUUUUGUGAAGGAGGACAACACAGCUUGCAGAGAACACUUCUCCGCAGAAUGGGUGGACACAUCCUUGUUUAGCAGACCUGAAGAAAGCUGUAGUGCCCGUGAUGCUGAUAUUUGGCGAAGGGAGAGUUUUCGCCGACAAGGUCAGACUUGUUUCCUGGUCCAGUGCUCUCCAGCACAGAUAAUGAACAUGGGCCCUCUGGGCCACAGCUUAAAACAGUACAAGCUGCCCUACCAACGCUCAUUGCCCAUACCUAUCUUCAAACCUGCAGACCUCAUCACCAAAUUGGAACGCAUUGAUACACCACCCCAGCUACGCAGCAUGAUCAACUUUGAAAGGGCUCUCAGUCAUAGCGGUAGUGAUGGAGUGUGCCAAGACAAGACCCCUGUAUCUAAAAUUACAAUGGAGCUACCACCAGUCAUGCAGCCAGCAAGGGUGGAUUUGGAUAAACCUGGCCUGGCACGUUCUUUCUCCAGGUCCAUUUCUCAAGAGGUCCAAAGGGGCUAAAAGAGAGAGUGGUAUAUCAGCCAAACCUCUUUGUAUACUAAUCUUAGGAUUGACGGUUAGAAUGCAGUGUGUAUCUGCAUUUUGUUUGCACUAGAAUGUUUGCUACUGUUUAUACAUGUUUUAUAAUGGCAUGAUUAUUUCAUGCCCAGUGGCAAUUUAUUUAUUAGCAAGUCAUUUUAAAACUUUAUUGAAUGUUCGAGAAACAUUUAUAAAAAAAUAUGUAUGACUCUCGUUGUAAGUCAGAUUCCAGGAAUCAUUAUGUAGAAUACGCUGUUAAGCUUUAAAACAUACAGAAGGAGACCACGAUUUUUUAACCUUCUUCUGUAAAAUAGCCCUAAGCAUAAUGUGUGUAUUUUGGGGUAGUCCAUUCACUGGUCGGGUCCCAUCGACAGGUGUAGCUUGACAAGCAGUGAAUAAAUGGACUAUUUAUACAGCAAACUCAUUCUCGUUGGUGGAGGAUGAGUAAUUUAAAGAGAGAUAGCAGGAUGUGCUUUCUGAUUUGACACACAAAUAUAUUUGAGAUUGUAGACAUGUAGGCAUCGGAAAAGAAAUGUAUGUUGUGGCUGAAAAUGGAAUUUGUUGUUUAAAUGACAAAUACAAAAAGAUUGCAGGGAUUAGAUCACAGUUUUGAUAUCUGGAAAGGGGGAAUACCUCCACGUCAAAGAUAUUAACAUGGGGCGCACAAUCUUUUUUAGUGAAGACUUAUUAGACCUUCCUAUUACCCAUCAGAUUAAGGAGCUGAAUGGACUGUAGAACAAGUUGAGAAGUUGGGAUUGUAUCUGGGCAAGGGCAUCAAGAUUUUAUAGGAGAAAGAGUGUUAAAUUAAGCUAUGUUUAUAGUAGAACCCGAGGUGUCCAAUUGGGGAGAUUAAGCUAUUGUUACUUAGUAUAAACAUCUUUAGGGGCCGUUUGGGGGUUCUGCUUUGUUACAAAAAAACAAUACAUUUUUGUAGUUGGUUUACAAAGCUAUUACUUUGUCAUUUUUAUGUAGACUGUUUGAUAUUUAUAUUUGUAUAUGUUUAUAUCUAUGUUAUGAUAAUUGUCACUUUCUAAAUUUAAUAAAAAUAAUUCAUAUGA